AACCCGAGCCGAGGAGCAGAUAUUCUCGACGCCAUCCAAGCCAUUUCCGUCGAAGGAUUCCGUGCUCUUAGUGACCCUGAAAUUCCGCGUGAAACACUCCUCACUGGACUUUCCAACCUCAUCAAGCAAAAUCACCUCUUGCUCAAGGAAAUUGGCGUCUCCCACUUCUCUCUCGAAGAAAUUUGCGAGCUCACUGACGAGUUUGGUCUAUCCACUAAACUCACAGGAGCUGGAGGAGGAGGGUGUGCCGUUACUCUUAUUCCAGAUGACUUUUACGCAGAUUCGCUCAAGAUCCUCAUGGACAAACUUGCAGAAGGAGGCUAUAACCCGUACCUUACCACAGUCGGAGGUAGUGGAUUGGGUGUCUUGCCCAUCACCGGUGACCCAACACCUGAAGAGAAGGAAGAGCUCCAUCAGUCGUUUGUUGAUACACCAAUUGCUUUAGAACACUCUCGAUAUCACGUCACUACCUUACUCUCUGUUCUUCGUUCCAUAGUUGCUACUUGUAUUCAAACUUUCUUGCCCAUCCCUUUGAUGUGUGAUGCUGAGAUCAAAACCCAUUGA